AUGCCUUUACACGACCGUAUUAUACCUUAUCUGGAGACCGCUGGCUUGUAUCACCUCGCUAGGCUGAACAGUCAGUGGUUCUGGGUUAAUGAGCCUCUACUUAGCGCAUUCAUUGAGAGGUGGCGUCCUGAAACCCACACCUUUCACAUGCCGUUUGGGAAGUGCACCAUCACUUUGCAAGAUAUGGCAUAUCAGCUGAGUUUGCCCAUCAAUGGAGAGGCCGUUAGUGGGUGCCUGACUGACUUUGAGAAUCUGAUGGAGAACGGAAGACCCGCAUGGGUGUGGUUUUGUGAGUUGUUUGGCGAGUUACCGCCGCAGAAUAAAGUCAAGCAGAUGACGGUGUGCUACACAUGGUUCCAUGAGAGGUUUCAGGUUCUUCCAGCAGACGCGAGUGAAGAGACCGUGCGUAUAUACGCGUGUGCUUAUAUUCUGAUGUUGUUGUCCUCUCAACUGUUUGCGGACAAGAAUGCAAACCGGGUUCACCUUCGCUGGUUGCCUUAUUUGGCAUCGAUGGACGACUUGGGUAGAUAUAGCUGGGGCUCGACGGCACUGGCCUAUUUGAGGCCUAGUGGUUUUGAUGUGUUUGGGUUUUCGCUUGCAUCCAGGUGGGCUACAUAUCUACCAAGAAACGAUGCAGGGGAUCAAAAAGUGGUGUCUGCACGCCUUUCUUUGGAUAGAUUGUGUGUCCACGAUGUGAGUCGUGUAGUCAUUACUCUUACAAGUAGUCGUUCAUGUUUACUCUUGUGGUCUUACCUAACGUUACCUUCUCCGAUACAGUUCGUGUGGGAGCCUUAUUCUUCUCCCGAGAUUGUUGCUGUGGAUAGGGUGGUACCGCAGUUCGACGGUGUUCAGCAUCUCCCUCAGUUGGCUCUGAACAUAGAUUGGCUCCAUGCGAAGGAUGGAAGGGGUGGAGAUCGAUGA